GCAAAAAUUCUAAAAUGUCAUCAUGAUUGGGAUAUUGUCGUUUUGGCCAGUUACAAGCAUGUAAGGGGUAACAGUUUUGUGACGUUUGGGAUUGCUGGGUCGGCACAGAGCUUUAUUGGAACGGUAAAAAAUCAGUAUCCCACUGGAAAAGCUGUUCUGGAUGUAUUCCGUUCGUAUAUUAAUGGUACGUUUUGUUUUAUAACAAGAUUGGGUUUUAUAACAAGAUUGCAUAUCAUUUUGUAUUUUUCUCUAUUGUUUUGUUUUAAUAUUUAUGUUUCCAUUUACAAUAACCUUGUUACUUUUCAUUUUGAUAGAGAAGAAAACAUUCAAGUCAGAUCCACCUUCAUCAACUUUCCCUCCUUCAGUAUCUACCGCUUCUCUCCCUACGAUAUCCACCGUUCCUCCCCCAACGUCCACCGUUCCUCCAACAUCCACUGUUCCUCCUCCAAUAUCCACCGUUCCUCCUCCAACAUCCACUGUUCUUCCUCCAAUAUCCACCGUUCCUCCUCCUACAUCCACUGUUCCUCCUCCAAUAUCCACCAUUCCUCCUCCGACAUCCACUGUUCCUCCUCCAACAUCCACCAUUCCUUCUCCAACAUCCACCGUUCAUCCUCAAACAUCCACCGUUCAUCCUCCAACAUCCGUCUUUCCACCUUCAGUAUCCACCAUUCCUCCUCCAACAUCCACCAUUCCUUCUCCAACAUCCACCAUUCCUCCUCCAACAUCCACCAUUCCUCCUCCAACAUCCACCAUUCCUUCUCCAAUAUCCACCAUUCCUUCUCCAACAUCCAGCAUCUCUACCAAGAUACCCACCCUCCCUUCUCAAACAACUACUAUGAUUCCUCCUCCAGCAUCAACCACUACUUCAGUAUCUACCAUUCCUUCGUCGUCCUUCUCAUCAACUGAUCUUAUACCCACAACCUUAACUUCGUCUAUCGAUAUGCCAUCAGGUACUAGUGAAGCACUCAAGUGUUUUGUUUUUUCUUUUGUGUUUUCUCCAUGCAGCUAUACCGUCUUUUUUAUCACUGGUUCGUGAAAUCUAUUAAAGUUCUCAGUGUACUUAAGAAACUGGAACUUUAUAUUAUUAAAAAUUUUUGUAUUAUUUAAUAGAUGCUGUUGCCUGGUACGCUAAUGGGAAUGUUGUGGCAAUUGGCACUAUCCUUGAUCUGCCAAGUAUUCAUGGGCAUCCGCUUCCGAAAGGUUGUUCAUGUGUUAUGUUGUUGUGGGUGCAAGACAACUAUCCUGCGCCAUGCCCUUUAGGAAGAAAAGAUCUGGUGGAAAACGUUAUCUUGCACAAGGAUAUGUUUUAUGCUUUGCCACGACGAAUGCUGAAACACUUUUUGAAAUGCAAUGAUAGAUAUUUUCUUUCACCUUUACCUUAG